AUGGAGUUACCUACCUUCAUUGUAGGGUGGCCGGCCUUCUUCAGCUUCGGUACUCACUAUGUACGGUUAAAUGCGCUGCUAGUUAUCCUUUCAUUCUUUUCAACCGCGAAAACAUCAAAAACACCGCUUGACAUCGUCACCGCAUCAGCAAUGCCGUCUUGGUUACCAAAUUUCGUCAGUUUCUUCACGUCAAGAACUCGCAGUAAAAAUACGCCACAAGAACCCUCGGGUCAGCAGGAUCCUCGCUACGAGCCUUGUCAGCUUCUCGCACAAGCAAACAUCACUAGUCGAGUGUGGUGUGAGGACGUCUUAGCCUGUUAUGGCGUCCCGGUUGUCUUUUGGGACCUCUUCCUUCUUGUUGCCAAUCCUCGAGAUGCCGCUCAGGCGUUAACUAAGGCGGGAUACAUAGAAGCUCAAGCAAAUCCUCGUUUUAUCAGCAUACCUCAAUUAAGUGACCACUUACGUCUAGUUCUGCCUCCAGGACAAAAUAUCCCAGGCAAAACUCACUCCGAAAGUCCACAAGAAGAGAAAGAGACCGUUGGUGUCGUCCUUUUACCGGCAAGCGACUGGAAUUAUUACCUUCCGUCAAAAAUAGACGAUCUAAAGUUUUUAGUUCCCGAUAUUUCAGAAUACUUCGAUCACAUAGUGUCAAGGUGGAUGGACCUUGCUGAGAUUGACUGCCCAUUCGGCGACUACCUCUCUGUGCAUAUUGCCUAUAUCCCCGAUUAUAUUGACGAGGUGUGGACACAAGAGUUUGCUGGCCAAGUUCGCAGAGAGCAUCGUCAGCUUCUCUUUGAUUUGCUCGCCACUUACACUAGAACAGCACAAUAUCGAGUUGAACUAUCGGAUGAAGGAUGUUGGAUCCGUCAACGUGAUAUUUGUACUAAAAUAAUCGACGGUUCCCUUGAGCCCCCGAGUGUUACGUCUUUCAACUUUGAAAAACCAGCUCAUCAGGAAUUUGGAACAAGGGUAGUCCUCGAAAUUUCUGAGGCGGAACUCAAUGGUUUUCGCUGA